AUCUUCGAUCGCUUUGCACCCGAAUUGGGGCUUAGGGUUUUAGCAAAUUGUCGGCACCUGAGGGUCAGCAAUGAACGGUGCUGUGCGUCGAUCGAUUUCGAAAUGUUGAUCAAUUUUGAUUUCUUGCUUUGUAGCGAAUUUUGAGAGGGGAUUUAUGCGUGUCGCAGAGCGAGUGAGAUUUCUGCUUCAAUUCUAUGCACCGAGGUCGGAAUUGAGGUGGAGUUUGAGUCGGGGAUUGAUGGGGGAGGAUUGCCGUGGGCAACGGCGGAAAAUCUGGCAGGGAACCAGCCGCUGGUGUUGUCACUGCACAGUCAGUGUCUUUGCGUCCUGAGCUCAAGGAAAUUGGCGCUGGGAUUGGGUGCUCAAAUGACCUACAAAACUGAUUUGUGGGAGGUUUUGACGUGAGAGCCGAAGAACGGUCAUUGCACUCAACGUUGGCGAGUUAACUAACACUGCCGAGUGUGCGUUGUCGCUGUGACUUAAGGGCCAGAUCCUUUGUGGGAGCUGGAACAAGUGAUAAGUCGUAGUUUACUUAAACAUCCUUUCUAGUGAUCCUUCGUUGGUCAACAUGUGUGGCAUUGCAUUGAAUCUCUCUGGGGUUCACAUUGAGGGUCACCUAGGUGCUGACGGUGGAAGUCCUGUAGAGCAAAAGGAUUCACAAUUCGAGGGACCUAGCCUUGCGGAUAUUUGUGAGGGACUGAAGCGCAGGGGUCCAGAUAUUAUCAACAUUGAAACGCUUAAUUUGACAGCCGUUCAAAGCUCCACUGACCUGCAAAGUGUAGCUAAUGUAGAGAACUCAGUACAUGUGCGUGCUCAGGUUCAGUCAGUAGCAGAUCUGGUGGUUCAAGAAAAGAGGGAUGAACCAACUAGCACUAAGAUACAGUUUGUCGGUGCCUUGCUAUCGUUACGGGGUGAUUCCCCAGUCUCGCAGCCACUUAGAGAUACUGCAGGCAAUAUACUUAUUUACAAUGGAGAGAUUUUUGGAGGCCUUCGGGUGCAGCCGGGUGAAAACGACACACUGGUUUUGAUGACAGCUUUGGCCACGUGCUGUGCUUGUGAUUGCCAUGCGUCACUCAGUAACAUCCCGUGUGCAUGCAGCACACGGGACACAACGGGUGUACACAAGACAGUACCGAAAAUCCUUUCAGCAUUGCGAGGGCCAUGGGCUCUUGUUUAUUGGCAGGCCAAACAUCAACUACUCUGGUUCGGAAGAGAUGUACUUGGACGGCGAAGUCUCCUUUUGCAUAGACCAUCAUUGUCGGACCCUCGCUUACUAUUGGCGUCAGUUGCCCCUGCUGGAAGUACCGCUCUAACAGGCAGGAACGAAGAUGUGCAUGCGUUCCAAUAUUGGGAGGAAUUGCAGUGUGGUAUCCAUAGCCUCACAUUGAAGUCCGAAAACCCCGUAGGCACGUCAAGUUCUUUCAAAGGACUAACUCGACAGCAUGUGUGGGAAGACCCACUUUUGUUGAAGUUGGUUUUGUGGGAUCGACAAUAUGCGGAUCCUAGCAACCUCACCGAAGCCCUCUUACUUACGGCUCCUCAACAAGGGAAAGAGACCACUGCUGAUUCUGUUCUGAAAGCAUUACGACAUUCUAUGGAAAGGCGAACCAGUAACAUAAGGAGGCCUCAGCAGGAGUUAGUUAGAAGUAGCUCUGAAGAUCUCUGUUUGGGAGAGGAUAAUGCAUACACUCCUGUUGCUGUCCUGUUUUCUGGCGGCUUGGACUCUAUGAUAUUAGCAGCAUUGUUGGAUGAGUGUCUACAACCUGAUUAUGGGAUUGACCUGCUGAAUGUCAGUUUUGAGACCUCUACUGCACCUGAUCGAAUAUCAGCUAUUGCAGGCCUUGCAGAGCUUAGGCGACUCUCACCUUCCAGAAGGUGGAGAUUGGUGAAGGUUGAUGCCGAUCUUACAUCUAUGGAUUCAUACCGCUCUCAUUUACAGUCCCUAAUAUGUCCUUCCAAUACAUUUAUGGAUCUCAACAUUGGAACGGCUUUGUGGCUUGCUGCAAGAGGAGAAGGGUAUCUGCACGAUACCCAGGAGCGACUCGAGCCAAUUAGGCUAGAGGAUGAAGAUAGUAGGACCAAGUACAGGUCUAGUGCACGUGUGCUGUUAGUUGGAGCUGGAGCUGAUGAGCAGUGCGGAGGCUAUGGACGGCACCGCACAAAAUACAGACUUGGCGGAUGGGCAGCAUUGCAAGCAGAGAUGAGGAUUGACAUGCAGCGCAUCUGGAAGCGAAAUCUGGGGAGAGAUGACCGUUGCAUGGCCGAUUUGGGUAAAGAGGCAAGGUUCCCGUUUCUUGAUGAAGAAGUAGUGGACACUCUUCUCGAUAAGCCUCUGUGGGAAAUUGUAGAUCUACGGCUACCAAUUGGAAAUGGCGACAAAAGAGUUCUUCGUGAGGUGGCCAUGAGCUUGGGAUUGCCAGGUGCUGCGACUUUGCCAAAGCGUGCAAUUCAGUUUGGGAGCCGCAUAGCACGGGAAUCGAACAAAAGGGAGUUUGGGAGCAACCGUGCCGCUAAUCAAGCAUCUGCAGGCAGUGCUUUGCUGUCGGGUAUUGUUCGCUUAGCAUAGGUAGUGAGAGCAGUGACUUUGAUGUGGAGACAGGCCAGAUUUAAUAGUCUGGCUGUAGAUUAUUUUGUUAUUCAGCCGUAAUGUGCUUACAUUUCUUUUACAAUUUUUUUUGUGGCAAAGAAAUGACAAUAAACAAAUCAGAGUAUUGGAGUUGUAC